AGCGCAGAGGACAAUCUGCAACGGAGCCGGCGUGUGCAUCUCUCUCGCUCGGAAAACCCGUCGUUUUCUCAGCUUCAAAAAAUCGGAUUGUGCUCGUUGCGAUUUCUUUUUUUUUACGUCUUGGUGUAACAGCAUGUGUGUUGACGUUAUUGUGUGAACAGUGGUAGCGCUACGUGGAUUACGUGGGCUUUUGUGCCGAAGAAGCGACAGUGAAGCACGACGCAGGGUCUGGGCAGUGGGCUUGUGCCGCGGUGCUGGAGGAAAGGCUUAGGAGAAUGCGAUGAAAGGGGACCGUGUUGAUAUCCUUCGCCGCGCCGCCGUCCUCUGUAACAGUCCGAUCGCGGGAUCGGCUUUGCAAUGCGGGGUGAUGACGGAGGGCCCCAUGGCCCGUCAGACACUGGCAGGGCUGAGCCUCUCUCAGCUUAACUUCCACAACAACAACAACAACGACAGCCGAGAGGCUCCCCCGAGCCAGACCUCUUCAUGCACGGACUCUGUCUUGCUGCAGGAUGGAGGUGAAGAUCUUCAGUGGUGCGCAGACUACCCUUUCAACCGGGAGUUCCAGCGGCAACCGUCAUCGGUGUCGUCGAGCAAGCUGCUCCGUCAGAGUAUUCUGAUGGUGGCCGGUGGGUCGCUGGAGGACCUGGCAUAUGAGGACCUGUCGAAGAACAUCGACGCCAACCUGGCAGAGAUCGACAUGGAAACAUUCCGCUCGGAGGACAUGCAUGCCCUGCUUGCCCUGCCUGCCCUCUACGGCGGGACUGACUUCCAGUCAGCCAGCCAUGGCGACCGGUGCGCCUCUGUCUCAGGAUCCUUUCUCGAGACCCUGCCGCUUGAGGCUUCCGCAACUGGUGUCAAAGUCGGCUCCGCCACCGACGACUCUGGCGAGAUGUCCAUCUGCCGUGACGAGCCCCUCUUCUCACCCGUGAAAGAGGUGGCGCCACCUGUCACCAGCGGUGUCCUCUCCACCGACAGCCUCGACUGCAGCUCGUAUGAGGAGCACGACUUUGUACUCACAUGCCAGGCCAACAAGGACAACUACACCAUCGCGUUUGAGGCGAGCGGGACGCGCUUCUCGGACGAGUCCUCCGACUGUCCAGAGCAACAACAACCGGCACCUCCAUCCGCCAUGGCCCGCUCAGAACUCUCCUUCACGACGUGGCACAGGCUACGCGACGUGACGACCUCCAAGAGUCAGAGUCUACCAAACCUUCUUCGGCGUUCGACGACGGGACGUGUGGGCGACGCGUGUUUGCCGUUGUACACCCUGCAGUCUUCGAGGGACGAAGACGUGGACGCGAGAUCGCUGCUCAGGCUGUUCAUGAGGAGCAAGGCGGCCAGCGGGGGAUCGCUGUCCAGUAGUAGGUCUGAGGAUUCUGCGAGUGCGGAGUGUGAGUCGGCGUCGAUGGAAUCGAAGAGCAGCAGCAGCGGGGACAGUAGACUGUGCGGACUAGAGUUUCAUAAGGAGGACGUUGUGCAUAGGCAGAAUAAUUUGUUGGGGGGAAACGAUAAGGGCACAAACGCGUCCCUGCCAAGAACUCCUAUCAAUACCGUCAAGAGGUUGGAGGCCAACAAUAACAAUGGCGUUGACGCCAGGACGGGCUUGGUGAACGAUAAUGACGCAUUACGGAGGCUAUCCGAGAGUGAAGAGGAUACGUCGUCGCAAUACUUCGAAGACAGCCUCGUGGAAGCGGCCCAACCACGACCAAAGGCCCCCGGUGCGCGUAGUCCCAUACGAGAAGAGGAGGAGCCUCUGGAAUCCAGUGGGGACGAAACCAUGCGUGACAGCAGGGACCUCAUGAGCAGCGAAGGGGGAGCUUCCUCAGAGGAUUCUGCACCAAUCGUCGCACGCAACAACGAUGUCAACUCGCCACUGCGUCGCAUCCGCCAGUGUGGUCAACCCUUGGUUGGCACGGACCGCAUUCAAAAUGUCUUCCCUACAACCAAAUCCACGAACGUUACCCCCGUCGAAGACGCCGGGCACACGAACCAAGGUACACAAACCAAAAGACUAAACAACAGAGACGGCGCAGCAACAUCUUUGGACGAAGCGUCAUCGAACCAAAGAAGUAGCCUUCCCGACCGAACGUCGCUGCGCGAGUCCGGCACGAUGUCCAGUGGGUACGUCAGUCGGCAGAACUCUGUGGAUCAGAUCCACAGGCAGACCGCGUUGCUCAGCGCCGGAGGGAACAGGCGAAAGCCCACGGCCGUUAUUGCUAGAACCAGACAUUCCAGUACACAAGUCCCUGUCCAUAUUCGAGACAGGAGCAUUCAGACGUCAGUCGAAGGGGCAGUGGCGACAGAAGGUUCGAAUUGGUUGUACACUGUGGAUGACUCUUCGGCGUCAAUGCAGAGGAGCUUCAAUGUGACCAUGUAUCCUCAAAGCACAAAGGAACCAAAGCAAGAUGGAGCAACGCCCACACGCUCUAUCUACGUCUGCUACCCAAACUACUCUCUACCAGACCUGAGUUUCCUCAACGAACUUGCCUCAGCAGAAGAUAAACCAGACGUCGUCUUGAAGCCGACGCAACAUCGACUUCCUCGAAGAGAUGAAGAGCGGGACGAGGACGUACCACACCGCCGUGCACAGAGCAGUGACUCUAGAGCCAGCAGAAGACCCAAAUCCUGUACCGACUUCGAGGACCUGUCCCGGAGAAACCUGAGCCACAUUCAGGACUGGGAUUCCCUGAGUGUCCUCCUACCUGACGACGUCAAGGCACUCGUCUCGCGAUAUCGACACGCUGCUAAGAAGGAUGCGCCAGAGGACGUGACGACGACAAGGUCUCAGGUCUUGAGACCGCUGAAUCUGGAUCAGGCGGGCAACGUUCGAGAGGAAGCGGGCACAUUUCUGGCGAUGUCGCCGCCGAAAGGGUUUCUGGGGCAGCGUGGAAUAUUGCGAAGAGCGGCUGAAGAAGGCGAUGGAGGUUGGUGUCGAGAUCCAGUGUUCCCUGACGAAGUUCCGAAUCGACGCCACUCUCUUCAGGAUUACCGAAGGUUAUUUAAGAACCUACCAGACUUGGAUGGCUUGCUCCCGCCAUGUGGGGACUUGACGUCAAGUACGGGACUGGGAAAAGAACCUCACCCGCUAUCAAGGACAAACUCUGAAGGUUCCUGGCGCAGAGGCGGCCACACCAGGAACAAGGCCCAAGGUUUGUCUGCGGUUGGGACUCAGCAACAACACCCCUGCUGCGCCUGCAGGGCCAAGAAGGCAGUGAGCUUUAGUGAAGACCUUAAUGUUGAGUCAGAAGAACAGAAGGCAUCUCGAGCAUCUGCAGUUUGCACUUGCAACUGUCGGAGUAGUCCCGUAAAGACAUACGGGAGCGCCGAGCGCCUGCCACGCAACAUGACGCUGCCUUUCUUCAAAGGGGACGAAGAACAAAGACCGCCUCGUGAAUUUAGCGUCUCUACCCAGUGCCUGUCACCAUCAACGUCACCUUCGUGUUUUGCUUCCCCACUUUCAAGGUCGCAGAAGGAGCUCGUCGAUCAGAAGAAAGGCCUUCUGGACAGUGCACUGAGAUGCACGAAACAGGUGAUCGACAGCUGCACUGCAGAACAUAAUUCACAACAACCAAUCAUCAACUCACUAUCAGAGGACAGCACCUGUGGCCGCUUAACCACUGAAUACUUACUUCCUGCGAUGGAGGCUCUUCUCUCAGACGGACUUCAACCUCAUGUUCGAGGUCUCUUUGGACCGCUCCCAAAUUCUCUGUGGCAUCUCACGGAAUCUCUAGCUCAGACAAAGGAUGUCAGGAAGGAGAUACUGGACUUGGUAGAGUACAUCCAGAAAUCGGAUGCCCUGUCUGACGAGGGCCAGAAGUUUCGGGCCUGCAUGCUGGGCUUACUAAAUUUGGGUUGCCUAGACACUUGGUUUGUGAACCUCUUUUCCAACCCUCAAGUUCAACAGAAGCACUACCAGACCUCUUCAGCGUUCCUCAGCUUGCUCUCGCACCCUUCGCUGUUCUUCCUGCGGGAGGAACUCACCUGCAACCUGCAUCUGCUCUCCGAGCUUCCCUUCGGCUUCAGCCUAAGCUUCGCCCCGCUAAGUGAAGCCCCCAGCUUGAAACCCCAUUUGGCCCCCCGUUCCCCCUUCCCUCCUUCCCCUCGGGCAAGGCAAGGCAAGGGAGAUGAGAGUGACGACACGGAGGAUGACCUACGUAAGGUCACUUGCCACAGCCUGGUGGGAUCGUCCUUUGAGGAAGCAGUCACGCCCGACAGCAAGGGCAUGCAAAUCUGUCCCCCGCUCCCGGAAACCCUGGACAACUCGUCGCGGGUGCUCGAACUGCAGCGCAAACUCCGAGCUGCCGACCCUCAAUUUGCAGCCGGCCUGCGGGCCUACCCGGCCAUGCACGGCGACGAGGAAGAGGCGCGUCGGUUCAAGCAACUCAGAAAUCACUGGGAAAAGAUGUCACAUGCCCCCAGCGAAGCGGAGAAGAAGGGUGCCCUGCCCCCUUCACCGACAAAGGUCCCUACGAUGUCUCCAACCAAGGCCACACGAAGCCUGCCUCGGCCGAGCAGCAUGAAGAGCCCCCGGACGGCGCGUAGCGGUGUUCCCACUCGCAGGUCGCAGACCCCGGAUUCCAGGACCUCGAGCCCUAAUAUCUCGAGCUCAUCGGCCGUGCCUGCGGGACGACAGCAGCCGCAGCAACGCCGCUCGCUGAUACCAGUGCACCGAGGAUGGAAGCGGCCAGGCAGCCGACAGGGGGAGAAGUAGUACGUGGGCUGUCACAAAUUACUGGAUGCCUUGACAAAGCUAAUGCUGGAUGAUUCUCAGGAGUUGCGACGUUCUUCGAGCAGACGCCGUUCACCUACAGUGUAUACUCCCUCGUUUCUUUGUAGCGCCCUUUCCCCACCACAGAGCUGUUCCUCUCCUGUAUUGUUGUACCAGGGUUGCCUCCCUAAGCUUCAAACGACAAAGCAAGCAGACGAUCUGUUUUUCGUACGUGCCGUCUAGUCAGUCUGUUGAUUUCGAUUCACGUUGUUAGUUCUGUUAGGAUUAUACUGUUACAGCUCUCCAACUGGGUCGUUGGUGCAAGGUCGUGCUUGGUGUAAAAAAAAAUAACGACACUAACUAAAUAGAGUGAAUACAUGAAGGAAUGUGUUGUGUUAUUUGAUUUUGUCUGUAUAAUAAUUGAGAUUCACUCCUGCUAUAUGGCCUCCAAAUAUAUAAAAUUCAACAACUUGUACCAUUGUAAGCUAAACACAGUGUUGCUGAAAUGGCUUUAACAUUUAUGUGAGAGCAGCUGUAUAUGUGCAUUUAAUUUCAUAACUUAGGAGUCCUUCAGUAUGCAGUGCAAUUAAUUUAGAGAAUUAUAGCAACUUCUUCACUGUUGAAGAUCACUGUUUUCGUGAAGUGGUUGAGCAUAUCUGUUCAGGCAAAUUGAAUUUAAUUCGGUAGCGUGUUGUUUCUGUACAGGCGGUUGAAUACACGUUGGGCGAUGUGUUCCAUUUCUCUCAGUCGAACGUGAGAAGGCUAUUGCCAAUAUGUUGCGAUGUUUAACUUCUUUGUUUCAACUGAAAGCGUGUAUUUGCGACGAGGAGAAUGCUAAACCUUUGUAAAAGGUUAAUUUAAAGCGUGUGCUGAAACUACUAGCAAAAACUCGUGUUUCACGAAAAUCAGUCUUAUGGCGAUCAUCCUAGAAUAAACGAAGAGGAAUUGUCUCGCCCUUGGCUUUAGACGGAGAAAAGUUCUAUCGUGCCAAUGCUUAACAAUGAGAUAAUCUGCAUCGGUAACCACACCUUGAUCCGUUGUUUUAGCUGUUGUAUGCAAUUUAAAGAUGUUCUCUACACUGUAAUUGGUAUAGCUGCUGCUGCUGCUGCUGCUGCGCUACGCAGCUACAUGGUGCAUGACUUUUUGUUGUUUAUUUAAUGCGAUCCUGCAAAGCGUAAAAGGGGCAAACGUGCAGUAACGGAGUUAUGAGCUCAUUUUGUAUGAGGUUAUAUUUUCUUAAUUAAGUUCUGUAAAUAAGUUAUUCACGUACAUGGAGCAUUUCCUCGGUGUCUCCUGUUUUUUGGAGGAAUUGCAGGAAAAUAACAUUCCUGAAUAUCGCAGCUAUGUAUAUGUGUCUACACUAUUCCCAUAUGCUGAUGUCUCAAAAAAAGCAUGCUAGUGUUUUCGAAGCUGUGCACGUAAUAUUAAGUCAUGCUAAAUUGACAUGACUGAACCUCUAGAGACAAGGUAUGUAAUAUAUGAUGAAAUAAAAAUAAGCUCCCCAAAGAACA